CUCGGUGUUAAUAAAGUUUACUUUAAAUUUCGUUCGCAAUUAUCGUAGGAGCUUUUGGAAUGUUUUGACUAGCAGGUAUUAUUCAAGGAUAGUAGAUAUAUAAAUUAGAGGUUGUUGUGACCUGCAUAAAGAAAGAAAGAUCUCAAAGAAAUGUAGUAAAACAGAAAAAAAAAAAAAAAGAUCUCAAAGAAUUGGAGUAUUUGAAUGAAUUGAGAAAGCUAAACCUAGUUAGAAAUUAUAAAAAAGUUGUACUAUGGUAUUUGAACUUUUAAAAGUAAAAAAGUAUAUGAUUUCUCUUUUCCUUACCGAGGAGGAAAAAAUAUAGAUACAAACCACAUAUCUUUUCGACUUCCAACACUCAACCGUUCGAUUCCCUCCUUGCAGUAUUUCUUCAUCUUCUUUUUGGAAUAAAUGUAUCUCUCUCUGUGUAAAAAGAUCUAAUAAAUAUAUUUGCAUAGAAUUGGAAGAAACUGAGAAGUCUUGUGAUUGCAGUGAGAGUUAAAAAAAAAAUGCAGGGACUGUGGGAAGUGAAGGAAAAGAAGGAGAAGAAGGAGAGAAUCAUCAAAGGAAGAGAUCUAGUGGAUGUUGUCUUCUCAUGGUCUGUUCGUGAUGUCCUCAACUCAAAGCUUUACAAAGGAAAGGUUGAUAAGAUCCCUAACACAUUCCAGUCAAGCAAAGAGUAUUUUAAGUCAUUUGUUAAUCCGAUCAUCGAAGAGACACAUGCUGCUUUGUUGUCAAGUAUGGAAACUCUGAGAAGAGCACCAGCUUUCAAAGUUUGGGAAAUCAAGCCAGCCAAAGAUUUUAAACCUCCCAAGAAUCUUUAUUACGAGGUUACUUUGCAGACAGUGUCUGAUAAUACGACCAAGGGAGAUGGGAAACUGUUGGAGUUCAACGAUCUCGUUGCAGUGACUGAUAACAAGCCUUAUAGAAUCGAUGACUUGAGAUGUUCCAAUGAGCCUUACUUGCUUGCUCUUGUUUGUGGAGUGAACGAAGAUAACCCACAUUUGAUUACUAUUUUGGCUUCGAAACCCAUCGUUUUCGAGGAAGGUCACAUGGAAACAAGAAAGAAAGGCAAGGGUGUGAAGAAAAGCCUAAGCCUCUUUUGUGUUUAUUUGACCAACAUGAUGACCAAUAUUCGUAUUUGGAUCGCCUUGCAUCCAGAUCCUGAAGGUGGAAACUUAAAGCUUAUAUCUAAAGUACUUCAAAGCAACAAUGAGGUUGGUGGUGAAAGUUGUGUUUCUUGCCAAGAAAACAGUGAGAAUAUUAUGCCAAAUCACAUAGAGAAAAGGCUGCGUUCUUUCAAACUGAAUACAUCUCAGGAGGAAGCGAUUUUGCGUUGUCUAGAAGCCAAAAACUGCCGCCACUCCAACAAUAUCAAACUUAUAUGGGGACCACCAGGGACCGGGAAGACGAAAACAACAAGCGUUCUGCUUUUAAACCUCUUUAAAAUGAGAUGCAGGACACUGACUUGCGCUCCAACUAACAUAGCUGUUCUGGAAGUUGCUUCAAGGGUUGUGAAACUAGUCUCCGAGUCAUUGAGGCUUGGUGGAUACGGUCUUGGAGAUAUUGUCUUGUUUGGCAACAAAGAAAGGAUGAAGAUCGAUGAUCGGGAGGACCUUUUUGAUGUUUUCCUCGAUUACCGAGUUGAUGAGCUCUAUGACUGCUUUCUAGCUUUAACUGGAUGGAGAGCAAAUGUUCAACGCAUGAUCUCUUUGCUCACUGAUCCAAAAGAAGUGUAUCGCCAAUCCUUCAUCGAGAAUGACAAGCGUCGUCCUUCGUUUAAAAAGUUCGUAGAAAAGAGGUUUAGUAAACUCAGGACGGACUUGCGUUCUCAGUUCUCAACUUUGUGUCUGCAUCUACCAACUGCUUCGCUCUCCUUUCAAGUAGCGGAGAAAAUGAAUGCCACUAAUGAUCUACUUAGAGCUAUGAAAGUUUCAGAUGUCGUUAGAGUUUCCAGGAAAGAAGAUGCAAGAAAGCAAGAUUGUGUGGAGAUGUUAGGAUCGAUUUGCGAAAGCAUCGAACUUCCUGAUUUCAUAGGGAAGUUCGGACUUCAAAGACUCUGCUUAGAAAACGCGUAUCUGAUGUUCUGCACAGCGUCGAGCUCUGCCAAGCUACACAUGAGCUGUCCGAUACAACUCCUCGUAAUCGACGAAGCUGCUCAGUUAAAAGAAUGCGAGUCUGCGAUUCCUUUGCAGCUUCCAGGGCUUCGACACGCUGUUCUAAUCGGCGACGAGAAGCAGUUACCUGCGAUGAUACAAAGCAAGAUUGCUUCGGAGGCUGAUCUUGGGAGGAGCUUGUUUGAGAGAUUGGUGUUGUUGGGUCACAAGAAGCAGUUGCUGAACAUGCAGUACCGGAUGCAUCCUUCUAUUAGUAUUUUCCCGAACCGAGAGUUUUAUGGUAUGAAGAUUUUGGAUGCUCCUUCUGUCAGGGUGAGAAGUUAUGAGAAACAGUUUCUCCCUGGGAAAAUGUAUGGGCCUUACUCUUUCAUCAACGUGCCCUAUGGAAGAGAGCAGUUUGGACAAGGGUUCAGUUCGAAAAACAUCGUUGAGGUCUCUCUUGUGGACGAGAUUUUGUCAAAGCUGUACUCAGUAUCAAGAAAGUCGGGAAGAUCGAUAAGUGUUGGUGUGAUUUCACCUUACAAGGCUCAAGUGUUUGCAAUUCAAGAAAAGAUAGGCAAAAAGUAUGAUACCAGUGAGAAAUUCACAGUGAGUGUUAGGUCUGUAGAUGGGUUUCAAGGUGGUGAAGAAGAUAUUAUAAUAGUCUCAACCGUUAGGUCUAACGGUAAAGGAGCCAUUGGUUUUUUAUCUAACCAACAAAGAACCAACGUAGCACUCACACGUGCGAGAUUCUGCUUAUGGAUUCUUGGAAACGAGUCGACUUUGACCAACAAUAAAUCAGUAUGGAGUCGGUUAGUAGAUGAUGCUAAGGCACGACACUGUUUUCAUGACGCAUAUGAUGAUGAAUCAUUAGCUCAGUGUAUUAAAAGAUCAGCAACAGCCCUUGAUGAUCUUGCUAAGCUUCAAAGCAAUAAGCUUCUUUCCUUUGAGAAUUCGAUAUGGAAGGUUUUGCUUACCAACGAGUUCUUGAAAUCUCUGGAGACUAUCAUAGACUCUGAAAUUAACAAGAGAGUUAUGAGCGUUUUGGAAAAGAUAUCAAAUGGGAAGUUUCAACAAGACUCAAAGAGUGAGAAUCUGUUUAGACAAGAGGAUAUCGAUGACGGCUUAAGCCUCAUUUGGACAGUAGACAUUAUCAAGAAACAGAAUCACUAUCUCCAAGUUUUAAAGAUCUGGCAUGUUUUGCCAUCUUCUGACGUUUCUUGUGCUGAAAAAUGUCUAGAGAAGCAUUACAAGAGAUACACGAAACUCAAGAUAGAACGGUGCAGAUACAUAUGCUCUCAAGGGAAUGUUGUUGUACCAAUGAGAUGGCCGGUCAAGUCUUGCUUAAAGAAUGACAUGAUAAGCGAUGUAUCAAGAUCGUUUGCUUUGUUGAGUGUUUUGGAUGAAGCAGAGGAAACGAUGGAAGAUGAAGAAUGUGUGGACGAUUAGAAGAAAGGCUCUACUCCAAAGAUCUUGAGACUGAUUCUUCUUUAAAGUAUUUCCUGAGUAUCAAGCCGACUUUUUCUUUCUUUCCUUUCUUCCUUAAAAAGAAAAACAAAGUGUAGUUUGCUUCUUGUGCGUGGGUGGAUUUAAAGCAAACUUCGUUUCUGUUCUCCAAUAUUAUUGUUCAGAUUUUCUAACUGAGGCAAAUGAGAUUGUUAAGUCGCUCAAAA